AUGAGUACAAAAACCAAUCAAAAAAAGGGUAAAGGUAUCACCGAUUUAAUAGCUGGUGGUACUGCUGGUUUAUUCGAAGCAUUAUGUUGUCAUCCAUUAGACACUGUCAAAGUUCGUAUGCAAUUGUAUAGGAAAAGUGGUAAAAAGCCACCAGGUUUUAUUAAGACUGGUAUCAACAUUGUACAAAAGGAAACUUUCUUAAGUUUGUAUAAAGGUUUAGGAGCUGUUGUUAUUGGAAUUGUGCCAAAAAUGGCUUUAAGAUUCUCUUCAUAUGAAUUCUAUAGAUCAUUGUUAUAUGAAAAAGAUGGUUCAAUUUCCACUGCUAAUACCUUCCUUGCUGGUGUAGGUGCUGGUAUUACUGAAGCUGUUGCCGUUGUUAAUCCUAUGGAAGUCGUUAAGAUCAGAUUACAAGCUCAACAUCAUUCUAUGGCUGAUCCUUUAGAUAUUCCAAAGUAUAGAAACGCUCCUCAUGCUGCUUAUGUUAUUGUAAAGGAAGAAGGUUUCAAAACCUUGUAUAGAGGUGUUUCAUUAACAGCUGCUAGACAAGCCACCAAUCAAGGGGUUAAUUUCACUGUUUAUUCAAAAAUAAAAGAAUAUUUACAACAAUAUCAUGGUACUGAAGUUUUACCAAGUUGGGAAACAAGUUGUAUUGGUUUAAUUUCUGGUGCUUUAGGUCCUUUAUCCAAUGCUCCUUUGGAUACCAUCAAAACCAGAUUACAAAAAACCAGUUAUGCUUCCAAUGAAAGUGGUUUAGUAAGAAUCGUUAAAAUCGGUAAACAAUUAAUCAGGGAAGAAGGUACUGCUGCUUUAUAUAAGGGUAUUACCCCAAGAAUUAUGAGAGUUGCUCCUGGUCAAGCCGUCACAUUCACAGUAUAUGAAUUCAUGAAAGGUGUUUUGAAUGGUGAUACCCCAGUUCCAAGUUUAACUCAACCAAAGAAAAAAUUAGAUUAA